UUUAUGCUAUAUAAGACUACGUUUGUAUUUUGUAUUCUCUUAAAAGAGGAGGCAGCACUAUAUUCACGUUACACAUUGCACAAUAUAGAUUCGAUCUAAGCGUACAUUAACAUUAACAUAUCAAAUCCUUAGCAUGUUGUGGUAUUGUACCAUGUAACAUGAGACUAUACUCAAAGCUCUCCUCAUUGGUGCACACAUCUCAGCCGUUGGACCCCAAAAUCCACCUAUGUUCCUCAACCUUCUUAUCAUCAUCAUCAACAACUGCCACACAGAACCCAGUACCCCAUAUUGUCACAAAAUGCAUUGCUCUAUUGCAGUUUUGGGCAUCUUCCAUAUCCAAACUAAGGCAAAUCCAUGCAUUUUCCAUUAGGCAUGGUGUCCCACUCAACAACCCUGACAUGGGCAAGCAUCUCAUUUUUACUAUUGUAUCUUUCUCUGCACCCAUGUCUUAUGCCUACCAUGUGUUUGCUGUAUUGCAUGACCCAAAUGUGUUCACUUGGAACACCAUGAUAAGGGGUUAUGCUGAAAGCGAUGACCCAAGUCCUGCACUUCAUUUCUACCGUAAAAUGUCGGCGUCUUGUGUUGACCCUGACACUCACACUUACCCUUUUCUUCUAAAGGCUGUUGCCAAGUCUUUGAAUGUUAGAGAAGGGGAAGCUAUACAUUCAGUUACAGUGAGAAAAGGGUUUGAGUCUUUGGUGUUUGUUCAGAACGGUUUGCUUCACAUGUACGCUGUUUGUGGCGACACAGAAAGCGCACACAAGGUGUUUGAGUCAAUGGUGGAAAGAGAUCUUGUGGCUUGGAAUUCUGUGAUUAAUGGGUUUGCUCUUAAUGGCAGGCCUAGUGAGGCCUUGACACUAUUCAGGGAGAUGAACAUGGAGGGACUGGAGCCGGAUGGGUUCACUGUGGUUAGCCUUUUAUCUGCUUGUGCUGAACUUGGAGCUUUAGAAUUAGGAUGUAGGGUUCAUGUGUUCUUGUUAAAGGUAGGAUUGACAGAGAACAUGCAUGUGAACAAUUCACUGCUGGACUUUUAUGCCAAGUGUGGGAGCAUCAGGGAGGCGAAACAAGUUUUUGGCGAGAUGAGAGAAAGGAAUGUGGUUUCUUUUACUUCUUUGAUUGUUGGCUUGGCAGUGAAUGGCUUUGGGGAGGAAGCACUUGAGUUUUUCAAAGAGAUGGAAGAACAAAGAGUUAAGCCUAGUGAGAUUACUUUUGUUGGUGUCUUGUAUGCUUGCAGCCACUGUGGAAUGUUGAAUGAAGGGUUUAAUUACUUUAGAAGGAUGAAAGAUGAAUAUGGAAUCAUGCCAAGGAUAGAACACUAUGGCUGCAUGGUGGACCUGCUGAGUAGGGCAGGUUUAGUGAAACAAGCAUAUGAAUAUAUUCAGAACAUGCCAAUGCAGCCAAAUUCUGUUAUUUGGAGGACCUUAUUGGGAGCAUGCACAAUCCAUGGUCAUUUAGCCCUAGGGGAGAUAGCUAGAUCACACCUUUUGAAGUUAGAGCCUAAACACAGCGGCGACUAUGUGCUUCUCUCGAAUAUUUAUGCGGCCGAACGCCGUUGGUCGGAUGUACAAACAGUAAGAAGAUCAAUGCUAGAGGAUGGUGUUAGGAAAACACCUGGCUAUAGCAUGGUGGAGUUGGGAAAUCGGGUUUAUGAGUUUACUAUGGGCGAUAGGUCUCAUCCUCGGAGUAAGGAUGUAUAUGCACUGUUAGAGAAAAUCACAGAGUUGCUAAAGUUAGAAGGUUAUGUUCCUCACACUGCAAAUGUACUUGCAGACAUAGAGGAAGAGGAGAAGGAGCAAGCUUUGUCUUAUCACAGUGAAAAGGUGGCAAUCGCUUUUAUGAUCCUAAAUACACCACCAGGGACCCCAAUUAGGGUCAUAAAGAACUUGAGGGUUUGUGCAGAUUGUCAUAUGGCUAUAAAACUCAUAUCAAAGGUUUAUGAUAGAGAGAUUGUUAUCAGGGAUCGUAGUAGAUUCCACCAUUUUAGAGAUGGUUCAUGUUCAUGUAAAGAUUACUGGUAAUA